GCCUUAUCGAGACUAAUAGGUUUUCAGACAAAAACUUCAGAAGACAUCCUUGUAGCAAAUACAAAAGCUGAAAAGGAAGUUCAUCGUGUAUUGGAUGACUCAAUCGAUAGACUACCAGCCACCUUCGAGGCUAUCAAGGAAACCACCGAAACUGACAAGACAUUAAGAGAAGUUAGGAGUUAUCUUUCUGCUAAAUGACCAAACCAUCGCUGUGAAGGAGAAAUUUUGCAGCACUUUUGUCGACGUGACUCACUGAUGGCUAUCGACUCAUGUAUUAUGUUCGGUGAUCGAAUUGUCAUUCCAGAAUUAUUGCGCCACAAUGAUCUCAAGCAGUUCCACAGUAGUUACAUUGGGAUCAAUAAAAUGAAAUCACUGGAGUGAAGUUACGCUUAUCGGACCUCAAGGGAGUGAGAUAUCAAAAACAAAUGCCGCAACUGUUCAACGUGUCUGCAAGCUGCUGGAUAUCCUUCGAAAUGAGAACCACAGAAAUUGCCUAAGCCUGUUGAACCCUGGAAGAGACUUCAUGUGGAUUCCACUGGUCCAGUCCAAAUUGAGGUAUUUACGAAGUGGCCAGAAGUAUAUGGUAUAACCAACUGUACAGCCUCAGAAACCAUCAACAAAUUAUCUACUGUGUUCAGUUGUUUCAGAGUUUCAGAGAACUCGGUGACUGAUAAAUGCUCACAAUUCAUUUUGGACUCAUUCAAGCACUUCUGUAGUAUAUAUGAAAUAACACAUCUACGCUCUCCACUCUACCAUCCGCGGUCGAAUGAACAAGCAGAAAUCGUUGUCGACACUUUUAAAAUAGCAUUAAUGAAAGGAGAAGAUGAGAGGGCAACUAGUCAGGUAAUCAUAAAAUUCUUAACAACUUACAAGACUACUCCCAACCCUACUGUUCUAGGUGAGAAGUCUCCUGACUAAGUCAUAUUUGGAACAGGUAUUCGAACUAUUUUCAACGUUACGUUGCCACCUAAAGUAGUGGAUAAGCACAGACAAGACCCCAAUAUCCGAAUUUUUAGUGUGGACGAUAAAGUAUUCGUCAAGUCAUACCUCGGCAAGAAUCUAUUGGAACCAGUAACGAAUGUACACAGAUUGGGAAGAGUUUUGUAUAGGGUCCGAGGAGCCUUCAAGACAUGUAUCUGACACACCAACCAAAUUUACAAAGAUAAAAGAAUGACGCACAACGGAGAUAGCCAGGUGAAUCUACCAUUAGAGUUAAACACAUAAACAUCAACGACACAUAUGUCCGAAGAUACCGAAAAUAAUAGAAGAAUGAAGACUUGAACAAGAAAGACAACAAAAAGAAUGGAACACCACCGCAAACCAGUUGUCAAGCUGCAAGUACACCGGAAGAAGGAGAAGUUUUAUGUCUUGAAAGAUGGGAGGUUUUGGAGAGAUCCAGAGUUUUCCUCGGAAAAAGCACAGAGGGGCCCUGAAAAUACUGAAAAAUACUUUUUCCGAUCGGCACUGAAUAGAAGUUUCUCAGAAACAUCUAAAAAGUGAAGAGUCACAUUUCUGACUAAACGGCUGCUCAUCAUGCUACUACUAUCUUUAGUAAGGUUCCAGAACCGUAUAGAGGCUCAAGGCCGUCUGAAAUGUGAUAAGUACCCUGAAUUUUCUGUACAUGAAGUAGCCUUGGAGUAAAGCGUUCUUUCCAUAUUUCGCGUCUUUUCUCUCGUGUUCAAGUUAUCGUGUAGAUUUAAUCUGGAGUUAUUAGAAAAACUUGGGAAAUUGAUUCUAGAGUUCAGUAGGAAGAUUUAUCAAUAUGUAACCACUUCAUAUCACUUACUAUUUAAUAUUCAUAGUAUGAUAAUGAUAUUAUUCAUCCACUUAACUUGUAAUAAUUCGAAAUAUGGAUGUUACUAUAAAUAUAUCUUAUUGAUAAAAUGAAAGAUUAGAAUCCAUUUACAUUUUUACGUAACAUUAACUAGAUUUAUAUUAGUAAUGUACUUGUAAUAACUGUAAAAUUACUAAAAUCUCCAUAAAAGCCCCUUCUGACAAUAACCAUAUGCUCACUAGUGACGGUCUCCAUGGGGUAUUUUCUGGAGUUCUAAUAAGAAGCAGUGAACAGUAGAAUUUAAGCUGGUCAGUUGUGAGAUAGUAACUCACUGAAGUCAAUGGUGGAUGUGUCACUCAAUUUCGUGGGUUAGUUGAACUUCGACACUAACACAUAUGGAUACCGGCUCAGUAGUGUAGAGGUUAAGCGUUCGCGCGUGAGACUGGUAGGUGGUCCUGGGUUCGAACCUUAAGAGUGGUGUCGUGGGUGUGCACUGCCUAGAAGGCCCACAUUAGGACGAAAUGGUCGUCUAGGGAUUCCAGGUUUUCCAUGGUGGUCUAGCUUGAAUUGGCUGAUGCAUUGAACUAUCAAGUAUCCAAAUGAGUUGAAAAAUUAAAUUUUCAAGUGUUUAAUUACUCAGUGUAGGCCACUUCUUCAGCGAAUUAAUAAAUAAGCAUACUAAAUUACAUAGUACGAAGGAACAAAACAAAAAUACUUAGUAUGACCAGUUAAAACUCUGGUCAAUGUGAUUUUAGACGAAACAUGUUUAUGUGUACUUUUGUGCAUGUUAAUUAGUGUAAAAAAUAUGACCUUUGUAAUAUGAAAAGACAGAGUUGAUUUUGUACAUAAGAUAAUAAUGUAAGAUGCCAAUAGAAUUAAAUAGAUGGGUAAAUGAACUAAAUCGGAUAGAUACUGAGGCUUUUUUUCCAGUGAGGAUAAUAGGAUUUAUCACUAUGUGGAAAGCUAUAGCUACUCGCCUUUCAUUGUAGUUGGAAAAGCUUUUCUGUAACAUGACGUUGAUCUAGUCACAUUAACUAGUUUUGAUACCAAAAAAAAUGGAUUGCAAUCUAUACAAAUUACAUUCCUAUCAAUUUCAUUCACUUGACUACAGAAUCUACAUUAUGGAAAAACACUCAUCACCAGAGUCGUUCAUAUGAUUGCGCACACUGUUCAUUGAGUACAAUUAUGUGGUUAUUGAUGCUGGCUGCUUAAGUUACUCAUUCUCUAAAAUUAUUGAAAACACCAAAUAAUUCAAUUAGAUAUUUCAUUCAUUGUACCAGUGACUUAGAAAAUACUGAAUAAAAUUAUAACUUUUUAAAAUAUGUUUUCAUUUGAUGUUGAAAUCAGACCAAGUUCCGUAAUUUUCUCACUUCUAAUGGUCACUAUUCGUGAUAUGCGUGCACGUUUCCCAAUUAAUUAUGUCUUCUUGUUUUUAAAUACUCUGUUAUUAUGUUACGCAUUUAUACCACCAAUACUAGGGAUAACAAUUGGAUAUAUAAUGAUAUCCUUUAGUGCCGCAGCAUUUAUUACAUUUUCAAUGAUAAUACUCGGGAUGUUCAUCAAGGUUAAAAUUCCUUUUGUUUUGUUGAUUACUGUUUUAAGCAGUUUCAUCAUUACAGGGCUUGCAAUAUCUGUUGUAUUGUAUUUUACCCACAAAGAAGUAGCACUUCAUGUAAUGGGAACAUUUUUUAUCUUGUCAGUUUUACCGGUCCUGUUAUUUAUUGGCCAGCAGCUGAAAAUUGAAUACUCUCCAUGGAUGCUUCCCUCCUAUUUUAUAUUAUAUGCUGUACUGGUGUCAGUAAUAUAUUUGUUCAUAUUCUAUUCAAUCGCUGUGCAAUUUUUAAAUCACAGAAACAAAUCAACACGUUAUAGCUGUUAAUGUGUACAAUGUAACGUCUAUAAAUCGAAAUGUAUCGUUUCAUUUAAAUUAUUUUAAUUUCAAAUGGCAAUAGUUAUUCAACAGUUAUAAAUAUAUCCUGCCGCUUGUUUUUCUAGUAUUUCUCACAGAUCAUGGAAUUGAG